AUGGAUAACGGUUUUAUAUUGUAUGAUAGAUAUCAUGAUUACAUGUUACUAUGUUCGAUGUUAAUAGUUCUCCUUUCGUUUUUGGUUUGGAGAAAUUCAUUUUUCUUGUCGCCACUCUUGAGAAAUAUACAACAGAUUCUUAGAGGUGAACAAAGAUCAAGUACACCACAAUCAUCAUCAUCAUCAUCAUCAUCACAACAACAAUCACAACAACAACAAACACAAUCAAAUGAUCAAGUACAACAAACAGAACCAUUCACAGAAACAUUAACUGGUAACGAUGUUUUCGAUGUCAAUAUCAUUCAAUCUGAAACUACCUAUCAUAGACAAUACAAGAAAUCAAAGAUACAUACUGUUUAUGAUCUAAAGAAAUAUUUUUAUCCAAAUGAUGUAGCAAGUCAAAAAAGAAUAAUCUUUAUUCACAAUGUAAAUACUAUACAAUUGGUAACUUCAUCAACAGAAUAUCAAGCAAAUUCUUUAAAAGAUAAAGAACAAUGUAUAUUAAUGACUACAAAUGAAUCUGUACUCGAUGGUAUCAAAGAGAUCGAGUUUACUGGUAGUUGCUUUUUAACCGGUGUUGGGUAUAUACCAGGUUUAGAUAGAGUUGAUCGAUUCUCUUUUUUUAAUAUUGAAUAUCCUGUGGUGGACUGUCACUUCCCAAAUAACUUGAGAAGCCUAUCAAUUGGAUCCGAUAGUAUAUUUUGGUCAUUCGAUGAAGGAUUACACCUACCAGAGCAACUUGAGUCAUUGGAAUUGGGAUUGGGAUGUGAAUAUCUGCUUGCCAAAGGAUUCUUACCGGCAUCACUGAAAAAACUGACACUCCACCAUCAAUAUACCGCUCGUAUUAGACGUGGUGUACUUCCAAAGUCACUAGAGAGUCUAACCAUUCAAUGUAAAGAGUAUAAUCAACCAAUUACAAGAGGAACUCUUCCAAACACUUUGAAAUAUCUAUCUCUUUCAUCGUAUAGUGGUGAUUUGUUAUUCUAUAAUGAUGAAGAUGAAAAUGAUGACGAUAAUGAUGAUGAUGAUGAUGAUAGAGAUACUUUAAUAGAUGGAUUAAACACUCAUAUACCAAUGAUGAAUCUUGAGUAUCUUGCAAUUGGAACGCCAUAUGGAAAGAACUAUUCUAAUUUUAAACAGAGAUUACCGGAUGGUUUGAAAGUGGUAGAUCUACUUAGCAAUUUUCAACAAGCCAUCAACAAAAAAUCAAUAGCAUGCUGGCCAAGUUCCAUUGAAACACUUUGCACAACUCGAUAUCCAUCCUUAACAAAGUCUCUAAACAUACCGAGCUCAGUAAGAACUCUAAAGAUCAAUCAUUUGGUUCCACCAUUAAAAAAGAUACACCAGCCCAAUAAUAUCAAAUCGAUCGCCAUCGAUAAUAUGCCCACCGAUUCUUUUAAUUUCACUUGGCUAUCACCUAAUAUUACAUCUAUAGCACUGCCAAUGAGACUUUGCACACCUGGUAAGCUAGAGUCACUACCAAUCACUCUUAGAGAUAUCACUGUUCUUCAAAAUUUCGAUCAUCAAAUUCUCUAUCAACUGAGAAGAUUGGAUUCUACUCAAAAAUUCAUUAUAUACACACCAUAUAUUCAAUUAAAUAAGGGUAGAAUCAUUCAUAAUCUAUCCAUCAUCAAAAAAUAA